CCAUGGAGCAGCUGACUGCAGCAAAUGUGCACUUUGCUAUUGACCUCUUCAAGAAAAUGAGUGAAACUUAUCCAACAAAAAAUAUCUUUAUAUCUCCAUUGAGCAUUUCAACAGCUAUGGCCAUGAUUCUUGUGGGAACCAGAGGUAACACUGCAGCACAGUUGUCAAAGACCUUUCAUUUUGAUGAAGUUGAUGAAGUUCAUUCAAGAUUUCAGAGCUUAAACACUAGUAUUAACAAACAUGGAGCUUCUUACAUCCUGAAACUUGCUAACCGAUUAUUUGGAGAGAAGACUUACAAUUUCCUUCCAGAAUUCUUGGAUUCUACUCGGAAAUUCUAUGGUGCUGAGUUGGCCACUGCUGAUUUUCAGCAUGCAUCAGAAGAUGCAAGACAGGAAAUUAACAAAUGGGUCAAAGAGCAAACAGAAGGUAAAAUUCCAGAACUAUUGGCUUCAGGCAUGGUAGAUAACCUGACUAAACUUGUGCUGGUGAAUGCCAUCUAUUUCAAAGGAAAUUGGGAGUAUAAAUUUGAUGAGACUUUAACUACUGAUGCACCAUUUAGAUUAAACAAGAGAGAGAAAAAAACAGUGAAAAUGAUGUAUCUGAAAAAGAAGCUGCCCUUUGGUUAUAUUGAAGAUCUUAAGUGUAGAGUAUUAGAACUUCCUUACAAGAGCAAGGAACUGAGCAUGACCAUUCUGCUGCCAGAUGAUAUUGAGGAUGAUUCUACUGGCCUGGAAAAGAUUGAAAAGCAGCUCAGUAUGGAAAAGUUCAUAGAAUGGACAAAUCCUAAAAAUAUGAGUACCAUCGAUGUUCACGUACGUCUGCCAAGAUUCAAGCUGGAAAAUACCUAUAACCUUGACUCAGAUUUAGCACAAAUGGGUCUGAGUGAUCUCUUCAACAGGAGUAAAGCUGAUCUAUCUGGAAUGUCAGGAACCAAAGAUCUCUUCAUAUCCAAGAUUGUCCACAAGGCUGUUGUAGAAGUGAAUGAAGAGGGCACAGAGGCAGCAGCUGCCACUGCAGGAAUUGCAACAUUUGCCAUGUUGAUGCCAGAAGAAGAGUUCACUGCUGACCAUCCAUUCAUGUUCGUUAUCUCUGAAAAUAAAAACAAAAACAUUCUUUUCAUUGGCGAGUACGUUGCUCCAGUCUUUGAAAUGCCAAUUGAGUAAAGAAUGGCAAAUAUUAAAAUGAUGGGUUAUUUACUCUAUCAAAAUUUUCCAAUAAAA